AGUCGGUUGCGUUGUGCUACGGAAACUUGGUGUUGGUGCUACAUUGGCACUGGAGGAGUCUAGAUAUCUAUCACAAAUUCGUUUAUUCACUACUGUCGGUUGAUACCUAAGAUGCAAAUUCUUCGCUCACGAUUUCCAGCUCUUCCUCUAUUCAAUCUUUCCUGUCCUUAGAAACUCUUAAUAAUGUUUGAUAAAGGCACAAGUACUGAAAACCCCAGGCAAUUUGAUAUAACUGCUGCAGCACCAACGUAUUCAUAAUGCGUUUAAUAAUUCUUGAAGAUCCGGAAGCAGUCACAAAUUGGGCUGCAAAAUAUAUCAUGAAAAGGAUACUUGAAUUUCAGCCUUCAGAAUCUCGGCAUUUUACACUUGGUCUACCAACUGGUUCCACUGUGGUCGGUAUGUACCAGCGAUUGGUUGACUAUCAUCACGAGGGCAAGCUUAGUUUUCGUUAUGUGAAAACGUUUAAUAUGGAUGAAUAUAUCGAUUUAUCGCAUGAACAUCCACAAUCUUAUCAUUAUUAUAUGUAUCAUAAUUUUUUCAAACACAUAGAUAUAGAUCCGAAAAAUGUCCACCUACUCGAUGGAACAACCGGUGAUCCUGAUAGAGAAUGUGAAUCUUUUGAAAUGGAGAUCAAAAACGCUGGUGGCAUUCAUCUAUUUGUCGGUGGAAUGGGCUCAGAUGGUCAUAUUGCUUUCAAUGAACCUGGUUCUAGUCUAGUGUCACGUACACGUGUUAAAACAUUGACAAGAGAGACUGUCGCUGCUAAUGCAAGAUUUUUUGGAAAUGAUAUCACUAAGGUUCCUAAACGCUGUUUAACUGUUGGUGUUGGAACUAUAAUGGAUGCAGAGGAAAUUAUGAUAUUGGUUACUGGAGCCUCGAAAGCUCUGGCCUUACACAAAGCGAUUGAAGAAGGCGUUAAUCAUAUGUGGACAGUAUCUGCUCUACAGCUUCAUAAAAAUGUUAUAUUUGUUGUCGACGAAGAUGCAACUAUGGAACUUCAUGUGAAAACUGUUCGCUAUUUCAAGGAUCUCGACUCUACUCAUCUCGCGCUUUAAAUGAAACAUCAAACUAAUCUCGCUUGCUUCACUUACCUACACACAUAUUUAUUUGAUAUACUUACAUACAUACGUGCAAUAAUAUUUUAGUGGUUGAUUUUCAAUAAACUUAUGUUUUAGAGUUAGAGUGUUUGUUUUUUUUUAAUUAUCAAAUUCUAAGUCUUUUAGCUGGCUGUAUUAUGCGCGUAACACUGUGUGUGUAUAAUGUUUCACCCACUGAAUUGUUGUCAUUCUUCAUUGAAAAUUUCCCAUUUCAAAGUUUCUCUAUAUUUAUUCAG